AUGCCUUUUUAUCAGUUGAUGAAUCCCCCCCAGCUAUUGGAGACAGAUGGCUCGACACCUGUCAUGUCGGCAACUGCCAAUUCUGUCUCUUCCGCGGACGGCCACCCGUUGGAGUCACCAAACCCGGCUUUUCAAUACCGACCUCCACCUUCCGAGUUCCAAGACAAGCCUACAGGGCCGACUACCAUGCUGACCUUCGAUACUGCUGGGUUUUCGCAAGACCUAGUAACAUCAGACUUUGAGGUCAACCCUUCCGACCCUGAGGGCGCGACGGAAGUACUUCCUGCGCCAGAUAACAACUUCAACAGGGAGCCAAAGAAAGAAGUCUGCACCAACAAAAGGAUGUCUGCUAUCCGCAGUUUCGUUCUCCUUCAUUUGCCAGCUAUAUCUGUUACCUUGGUCCUCGCAGUGUUUUAUUUCAAGAAAGUCCAAUGGCCACACGGCCAUCCUACUACCACCGAACUCAUCAUGCUUCAGUUCGCAGCCAAGGCGCACGAGUCGCUCAUUCUGGUAUCUUUGACUGAUAUCCUGUUGCAUCGGAUCCGCUCUGGUCUUCUCCGCGAGGGUACUGGGGGAGUCCCACUUGGCUUCCUUUCAUCGCCAUUCCAACUGGCCUCUCCCAUUCGGUAUCUCUUCAGCCGGGAGCUAUGGGGCGCUAUUCUAAGCCCAGCUGCAUCCCGACGGUUUCAUGCAGAAACUUCUGUGCUAAUCUUCCUGCUUGUCUUAAUCGGACUGGGAGCCAGUCCCCUUUCUGCCAUCUUGAUGAUUCCCCGCCAGGGAUGGUGGGCACUUAGCUAUGCCCCGGAUGAAGGAGAGAUAUAUGAAGUAACAUAUUUUGUUCCUCAAUCCGACGAAAACCCUAUAUAUGAGAUUGAGCCUCGCUUUGCCUACCCUUCUUCAUCGGAGCUUUGCUUGAAUUUCACCGGAAACGGGUGUACCCAACAGAAUCUGGAGCCUUUUCUCGUAACCAUACUCGGGGUGCCCGAGCCGCCAUUCACCCCGCACCAUUUGAACAUGACGCUGUCGCGUUAUGGCAGAUUUGUCAAUCCACGCACGUUUACAGUUUAUCACCCAUUUACGGUUAUCGCUACGAGUCUCAUGGACUUUGUGGCUACACCAUUAACGCGGUCAUACAGAUCCCAAGACGCUAUAGGGCUGGGUUUUGACGUUGCCGACCUAAUGGUUAGGUCACGGCCGGAUCCUUCCUCCAACAUGGAGAGAUGGAAGCAACCAAUGGUGGCUGUAACCUGCGCGGGGGCCGCCAAUAUUCCUUCACUGGAAAACCCUGUCAUAAAGUUCCAUAUUAACGGCUUCAUCGAUAGGCUAAGCAUCCUUAGUCUAGAGCUAGAUCUUGAAGCGGAUCUCUCGUUCCUAAAGGAAACGCCUCUCAAGGAUAGCAAAUCGCACCACCAACCUGAUCCAAUCUUCUUGAACAUUCGCGACCAAGUUCCGAUCCCAAUCAGCGCAGCUAUACUCUUUACGAGCUCUGUCACUGGCUCCGAGGAAAUCGACAAAGAAGGCUCGACAUUUGAAACUCAUAUAUGCCUUGUUCAUGCGCGCUGGAUUGACGCUGAUGCGUGGGUGGCCGCCGAAUAUGCCCCUGCAGUUAUCUCAGACUUUGGACUAUCGAUAUCAGAUUGGAUGGGGUUCUUGAACAGGACAUUAAAUCAAGCAAAUGCCAUCAAGAUGGCCGACACAUGGCUGACGGAUAUUGGAAAGGCGAGUACCGUCGAUGACCUCGGCAAGCAAACAGAUACACUGGUGAACAAUGCAUAUCGCCAGGUAGCGGACAUCUGUCACUACCGUAAGAGAGAUAGAUAUGGUCCAUCUACCUGCUUUUCGCAAUUCCUUGCCGUAUAUCUCACUGAUGCACUGGCAAGUAUGUAUAGGUACAGCUACACCGGUAUCCUUUCUAAUUACCCAGACCGAGAAGAUAUCAUGGUAGACCUCGAAUAUUUCACACGCGUAUAUGCCUACAGUUUUCGGAACAGUCAUGGGCCCACCGUGGCUUUGGCUGUACUUCUGCUUCAUGUCGUUAUCGUCAUCUUGCAUACGGGGAUUAUCUUGCUUUCACCGAGGCCUUGGAUCGGCUCAGGGUGGGGGAGCUUCGGGCAGCUGAUGACUCUUGCGUUGCGUUCGAGAGCUCCAUUUGGAUUGGAGAAUGUAGGAGGCGGGGUUUCAAGUUCUCAUACGUGGAAGCAGAUGGUGACUGUGCGAGAACUGGCCGACGAGCAUAGGUUGGAGAUGGUUGUGGGUGAUUUCCAUCGUGGAAUUCUUCAUGAAGCUGAUGACGUCGACGAGCCUAUGAAGAAAGUUGAGCCGAUGGUUCAGUAUAGCUAG